CGAGUACGUCAUCGUGUCACAAGACAAACACAACAUGGCUGCUCACUUGGAGAUAUUUACCUCUAGCAGUUAGCUUCAACGCCGAAUUUCAAUGUAUAAUCAUAAUAAAAACCGGUAGGGAUAGUUUUGGCUCAUUUAUCUGUAGACAUAUGUUCACUGGCAGCUCGUGCCUUAUUGAGACAAACGGUAUAUUUUAUCUAGAUAGCUGCAUCGCAUUAAAUCCGACCAUCCUGUCUGAGUCAUUGGGAUUUAAACCAUGGCCUCUGCAUUUGUUGUCGGGGAUAAAUUCAGAAAUAAGGUCACGGAGUUAUUAGAAAAGACGGACUCAUCUCUGCCCCAGCGACUGAGAGAAGAACUGGAGGAGACUCUUGGAGCACCACAACCAACCCUCUCCUUCAGUACAGCGAGAACACUCAAGAAAUACCUUCAGGACAACGGGCAUCCUUUCUACCUGCAUGAGUUGUUGGAGGAUAGCUCGCUGCACCUGCCUGAGGUUGUGAAGCCUCCCAGGAACCCCGAGCUUGUCAAACGUCUUGAGAGGAUUAAAGCCAAACUGGCCAACGAGGAAUACAACAGAAUCACACGUAAUGUCAACGCUCAGAAAAUCAACCACAAUGAAACAUUAGCAGAUUUUGGACGGCAAGUGCGAUCAGUCAAAGCAGUGGUGGCGACCAUAUUCAACUUCCUGGUCACCGUGGUUGCUGCUUUUGCCUGUUCAUAUAUGGCGAGUCAGUACCUAUUCACUGACACUGCAGCGCGCGUAAUAUCGGCUGUGAUCGCUGCAUCUGUAGUCGGCCUGGCGGAGCUGUAUGUGCUGGUCCGGACCAUGGAAGGGGAACUAGGGGAACCAUAGCAGUUACUCAAAAAGAACAAGGGAAACACAAAACCAGUGAACUGUAGCAGCCCUCAAAGCAGAACUUUGGCAACCCCACCGAGGCGCCUACUGAUUCAAUACAGACAUCUCACUUUGCCAUGAAAAGCUUGUGGACUUUUUGCUUUUUAUUUGACAGGAAAAUUGGUGGAUUUUUAAAAUACGGUUUAAGUUACUGAGAAUUUAAAAAGUGAUACAAUAUAGCACUAAAUGGAAGCUGGAACAUUACAAGAAAGGAAAUUCAAAAUGACUGAAUAUCUGUUCUUUGACUUUGUUAACUACUCCUGCUUUACAUGACAUUCCACCUGCCCAGACUUUUUCUUUUUUAAAUUAAAUUACAUUAAAACAUGAA